AUGCCAACUCACUGCUGUGUGCCAGAAUGCACAAAGAAAGGUUGCCAUGAUGAAAAUGGAAACAAAAUAUCGUUCUUUAAAUUUCCGAUCGAUGACCGUCAGUUGAAGAGGAAAUAGCUACACGCUAUGAGAAGAGAUGAAGGGAAGUACUUCAAAGUGACUGAGGCUACAAAAGUAUGCUCCAGACACUUCAGGCCACGUGAGAUUAAGAAAACCCUCGCUGGUAAAAAUGAACCGAGAGCUGGAGUUGUGCCUUCUGUGUUUGAAUGGAUUAGAACAUCACCACGCAAGAGAAAGGAUCCGAUUGCACAAAACUUCGAAAUACCUCCAAGUAAAGCAGCCCAUAAAUUAAAUUUUUCAUCUGUAGAUUUAACGGAUGACGUUCUGGAUAACUCUGCAAACAACGACCCAGUUGAAUUCGCCGAGAGCACCGAUGGAAGCACAUCAUUUUCUUGCAGUGUGAGAGAUGCGGAGAUGCAAACAGAACCGGAAAUUGGAAGCGAGACAGAACUUAGACAGCAAGUAUUGGAACAAAAAUCUCAGUUGGAAAUUGCUUUUCGACGUAUUGAGGCGCUUCAAAAACAAUUAUUUUCGGUAGACAUUUAA